AGGGAGGGAGGAGGGUCCAUGUCUCACUCUGGGCAUGUCAGCCCCCCACCCCCAUCUCCGUACAGCACUUGUGCCAGCCGAGAGAGUGCAGUUAUUCCUGGAAUGUGUUGAACAUGGCUGCCGGGAUGAAAGCGCAGAAGACAGGACUGUUGGAGCUCCGAACCUCCGUUGAUCGCUGGAUCAAGGUGCUUGCCUGUCUCACCGAGGAGACCCUGACUGUGAGUCCCGGGGACGGCGCGGUGGAGCCGGUGAACCACAGCCCCAGUCCUAGCCUCGGUGGGAAGGUGAAUGGAGAGCCCAAUAACCCAAGUUCGAGCUCUCCAGUCCCCGAAUCAAUUACCAACAUCAAGCGCACCGUACGAAUCACCAAGCAAGAUGUUGGAGGACUGGGAAUCAGCAUUAAAGGUGGGAAGGAGAACAAGAUGCCCAUCCUGAUUUCGAAGAUUUUCAAAGGGCUGGCGGCAGACCAGACAGAGGCGCUGUACGUGGGAGACGCCAUCCUCUCUGUGAACAACUCUGACCUGCGGGAGGCCACCCACGAUGAGGCUGUGCAGGCCCUAAAGAAGACGGGCAAGGAGGUCAUCCUGGAAGUGAAGUAUAUCAAGGAGAUGUCCACGUACUUUAAGAACUCCUCCCCCGGUGCUUCGAUCCCCUGGGACUCCCCCCCUUCCUCCCCCCACAGACAGGCGUCGUCGGACUUCCCCUCCCACUCCAUGGUGGAACUCAAAGAGGGGAAGAGCAUCUCGCUGAAAAUGUGCCAUGUAGUGAAGAGACAAUGUCCACCCGACACAGAAAACAGGUAUUUUGAGGUGACCUCCGCUGACAGACACUCCUCUUUGUUCCUCCGAGCAAAGGACCCUGCCAUGGCCCAGUCCUGGUACACUGCCAUCCAAUCAGCUGCUAACGCUCUCAUACCCCGAGUGAAAGAGGAACUGAAGUCUCUGCAGGGGGAACCAGGGGGCAAAGAGAUCAAACACCUCGGCUGGCUCAUUGAACAGCCUGCUGGGGGUGCAGAGAAGCCAGUGUUAGCCGUCCUGACAGAGAAGGAUCUGAUCUUCUUCCACAGCUUACCUAAGAGCAGAGAGGCCUUGAGCCGUCCAGACCAGAGCCAUCCGCUUAUAGCAACCAGGCUGGUGCACUCAGGCCCUGGAAAGGGCUCCUCUUUGAUGGACUCCGAGUUCUCGUUCGCCCUGCGCAGCGGUACACAGCAGGGGGUGGAGACACACGUGUUCCACGUGGAGACGGCCAAGGAGCUGUCAGCUUGGACACGGCUGCUGGUGGACGGCUGCCACAGCGCCUCGGAGCUCAUCCAGGAGGUCACUGCAGCCUGUACCUGGAAGGGGGAAGCCUGCAUCCUGUCAGUGCACAUCGAGAAGGGCUUCACCCUCUUCACGGAGGAACCAGGCCUCAGCAAGACCCUCCUCUUCCACCAGCCCUUCGAGAAGCUCCGCAUGUCCUCGGAUGACGGCUCUCGAAUCAUCUUCCUGGACUUUGGGGGACCCGAGGGAGAAAUUCAACUGGACCUUCAUUCCUGUCCUAAAACCAUGGUCUUCAUCAUCCACUCGUUCCUGUCUGCAAAGGUGACACGACUGGGCCUGCUUGCAUAGGAGCCGCCUCCCAGUCUGUGGAGGACAGACUCAGAGGAAACUCCGGCAAAUCACUCGACUCUUUCAUGCAGUAUUCAGAAGCUUUGGUGCAGAGAUGCUUCUUGGCUGGCAGUAAACCACCAUUCGCCUUUCCAUGCACCAGAGCAGCAUUCACUCUACUGUUACUAUGGAAGGGCCAAGAGCUAGUCUUUGGUUCACAGCAAUAAAAUACUCCCGUUAUUUACUCCUAUAGUUUGAAGGGAUGUUAAUUUUAUAAAACUUGCAACCAAGCAUCUGAGUAGCUUAGUAUAAAGUCUCUAAAAGCUCUGUUUUUCUUUCUGCCUUUCCCACUUUUCAUUAACAUGUUGUUUUUUGUGCCUUUUAUGAAAUAAGCAGUACAGGAGUAAAACGAUGUAAAAUGAGUAUAGGCCCCUAAAUGCUGAGGUAUGUCUGUUUUGAUUAAAACAGACAUAUAAAUAAAAUGUAUGUUGGUGCCAAUCAGAAAAAUACUACAGGUGUACUUUUUUUUUUUUUUUAUUCAGGCAGCAACUGUGAGUUUGUUGGUGACCUGCUAUAGUUGGGAAUUCAGGGAGAAACCUCAAAACCACUUGUUACAUCAGCUUGAUUCAUUUCACUGUAGGCCUGAGUAAUAUAUCUGCAUAUUGUGGCUAAACCACAUCCACUAUAACAUUUAUGUUUAGCAUUUUCAUUUUACUGUGUCAUUUUUGGAGCAUCUGGUGGUCACAAAUUGUAACCAUGGCAAUGCAUUUUACUGUACACAUUAUUAUUGAAUGUGGAAUUUUACAGUCAAAGGGACAUACAAUGAAAUGUUAGUUUCUGGAGCAUAUUCAGCUCUUGAGCCAAUACAAGCAUCUUAAAACCAGUACGGCGUCUCCAUUUAGACAAGCCUCUCAUUGCAUACAUCUUAUGAUAAACGGAAAGUGAAUUGCAUUAUGAUGUGUGUCCUGUCAUGUAAGGCACCUUCAGUGUUGCUGAUGAAUUAGAAACCUCCAACCAGCUAAUACGACAUUUAUCAGCUUUGCUGGGAAGAAUUCUGCUUUCAAGGGCUAUUUUUCAAAUAUUUUUAAAACUACUUAGCUGCUAUUGGUGGAUUAUUGUCUUUUAUAAUAGGUCCUUAAGUGCCUUUUCACUCUAUCUAUUUGUUUGUUGGGUGGGGGAUUAGUAAAGCACAGCCAAACCCAAUUCUAGGUGGUCCAAGUUUGAAUGGACUGGUAGAGUUGACUAUAACUGUUGCCAUCCCUAUUCCCACUGAUGUGUAUGUACCCAUAGUUAGUUUGUAGAAAAUUAUAAAACCAAAUGAUAAAUGGGUUGUCUGCCUUUUACCAGUGGUGAUUGUUCUCAGAUGACUAUGGUUUUAAAGAUGAACGGUCCAGUGAUUACCAAGGCCAUGGGGCUUGUAUUUUCUGUGGACUAAUCAUGUAUCACAAUGGCGUAUAAAGCUAAUUAAAAAAAAAAAAAAAAAGGUUUACUACCACAAAAGUGGCAUAAAUUCACUCAAAAUUCACCAGUUGGUCAGUAUUUUGGAAUGGCCACUAUAUUAAAGAAUCCUCAACUAGACUUGGCUUUUACUCCCCAGAACUGCACAACAAGAGAUAUAUACAGUCAGCACUAACAUAGUUCUGAUAUACUAGCAUAUUUAUAACAGAAGUAUUUUAAUUCAGAACGAUAUGAUUCUGAAAAUAUCACUUGCCAAAAGAGACGACACGUGGAUUGUAAUACAGUACAUACUUUCAAAUCCGGUACGCAUUGUAGCACGAUGUAAAAUUCCCCGUUAACGACCCAACAGAAAUGAAAUCAAAAUGUUACCCAUUCACAGAACUGCGUAGAGUCAGCACUCACAUAUCCGACCCUAUAAAAUUGUGACUUCAGUGACUGAGUGCACAGAACUGCGUACGUGUAUCUGUAAUGGAUAUCCGAGUGCUGACUGUAUACAGUAUAAAACUUAAAAUACUAGAGAACCGGAUUAAAUGUUUGUAAUUUUAUUUUAUGUAAUUAAAGAUGAAAAGUUGUUGAGGAAGAUGCAAUCACCCCAGGUCUUAUCUUUUUUUGAAGCUGUCUGAAGUUUAAUUAAAAAGCUCAAAAAGCAGGUUGAAAUUGACUUUGUGUUCUGAAGCAUGAAAUAACAGUGAAGAGUGAAAAAUAACCUAAAAGACUGACCACUCACUUCAAAGAAGAAUGAUUUUGAAUUGUAUUGUUAAACGCAGUUCCUAAUGAAAUGCUUGAUUAUGUUCAGUCGUCUUUGUAAAUGGCUUUUAGUUCAAGGCCUCAUUUUGUUCUGUUUGCACCAGAACAAAAUUUGCCCCUGUUCUUUUGCUGCAAGAGAAAAAAAAGUGUCAUGUUUAUUAUAAAACCAGCAAAAAACAACUUGGAAUAAAGCUGACAGUUCCUACCUGCAUCUAAAUAGUACUCCUUGUUGGAAAAUAACUGGAGGCAAACUUUGUAUUCAAGCAAACAGACAAUUAGGACCUGUCAUAUUCAGAGAUGUAUCAUUUAACAUUGAUAUGCUGCAAAAAUGUAUUGCCCCUUUUCUAUAUUACAGUGUUGAAACAGGACUACCAACCUCCUUUAGAAUACAAAGGCAUUUCUAUACAGCGUUAAAACAACACAUAUACAUACAUACAUACAUACAUACAUACAUAUAUAUUUAAAAUGUUUUCAUUCACAGAAACAUGAAAUGAUUGUAUAUUCUAAUUUAAAACAAAGUGUGCCUUGCAAGGUUGAUUGUAUAUAAAAGUGUAAUAAACAUUGAUUUGUUAACCUUUA